AGACGCCGCACCACACACAUGACGUCGCGGAAACCAGAGAAGCGCAAGCAGCGACGGACACGGGAGAACGAUGACGACGAUGAUUCAGAGGAGUACCAAGUUGGAGCGGCUCUGUCUGCAUAUAAGAAGCAGAAGGAGCAAGGCGCAGCCGGUGGUGAUGCAGCGGACGACAAGGUAGACGACGACCAGGUCGCAAAGGAAGCGUUCGAAGAGCGCUUGCGCGCCAAGGACGAAGAGUUUCGGAAUCGCCGCAAGAAGUUCAAAGAGGAGUCCCUAGAUGCCAACGAGAUCCGUGAAUUGGCGACACGAGGUGCUGUGUCGGACAAGCAGCGAGACGAGCGGCUGGACGAGAUCAAGCUGGCGCAACGACGCAAGUACUUGGAACAGCGCGAAGAAAAGCUCAAGAAGCUCGUGGAGUCGUCGAUCAAGGACGAGCAUUUGCUGUUUGGUGACGAGAACCUCACCGAGAAGGAGCGCAAGCAGCUCGAAUUGAACGAAACCAUCUUGGCGAUUCAAAAAGCUAAGGCCAAGGGCGACAAAACGUUGGGGUACCAGAUCCCGGACGCGGCCGACCAGUACGACGAGAACGGCGACCGCGUCGUAAAGAAGGAUGAACUGUACGACGACGACGACGACGAGGAAGAGGUCAAGACGGAACAGGAGCGAUGGGAGGAAACGCAGCUCAAGAACGCGACGCGGCAGGGUCUGUACGGCGCCAAGGACCGCGCGCCCGAUGAAACGUUCGAGUUUGAGUUUGACGACCAGAUUGAGUUCAUCUCCCAGCGACUCAUGGCGGGCGAGAACGUCACCCCGGCCGACAUCAAGGACGCGCGCAAGGCCGCGGACGAACACAAGCACCUGGACAUGCAGGAGAGCCGCAAGCGGCUGCCCAUCUACGCGUACCGCGACGUGCUGCUUGAAGCCGUGCGCGAUCACCAGGUGAUCAUCAUGGUGGGGGAAACUGGCAGUGGCAAGACGACCCAAGUGCCCCAGUACCUCCACGAAGUCGGGUAUUCGCAGUUGGGCAAGAUCGGGUGCACGCAGCCGCGGCGCGUCGCGGCCAUGAGUGUAGCCGCCCGUGUCGCGCAAGAGAUGAACUGCAAGCUCGGCAACGAAGUCGGGUACAGCAUUCGGUUUGAAGACUGCACCAGCGACAAGACUGUGGUCAAGUACAUGACGGACGGGAUGCUUCUCCGUGAGUUUCUUACCGAGCCCGACCUCAAGUCGUACUCUGUCAUGAUCAUCGACGAAGCGCACGAGCGCACGCUGAGCACAGACAUCUUGUUUGGGCUCAUCAAGGACAUAUCGAGGUACAGAUCCGACCUCAAAGUGAUCAUUGCGUCCGCGACGCUGGAUGCGGAGAAAUUUAGCGUGUACUUUGACAACUGCCCGAUCGUCAAGAUCCCCGGACGUAUGUUUCCCGUCGACAUUUUGUACACGCGGGCACCCGAGGCCGACUACCUAGACGCCGCCAUCGUCACGGUACUCCAGCUGCACAUCACACAGCCCCUGGGGGACAUUCUCGUGUUUCUCACUGGCCAAGAAGAGAUUGAAACCGCCGAGGAGAUGCUGCUGUUCCGCACACGGGGGCUUGGGUCCCGCAUCCGGGAGCUGCUGAUCCGACCCAUCUACUCGACGCUGCCGUCCGAGCGCCAGGCCCAAGUAUUCGAGACAACUCCCCCCGGGGCCCGCAAGGUUGUGCUCGGCACCAACAUUGCCGAAACCUCAUUGACCAUCCCCGGCAUUUGCUACGUGAUCGACGCCGGCUUUUGCAAACAAACCAAUUACAACCCCCACACGGGCAUGGAGUCGCUGCUCGUGAUGCCAAUCAGCCAAGCGAUGGCCAACCAGCGCGCCGGUCGCGCUGGCCGCACAGAGCCCGGCAAGUGCUUUCGACUGUACACGGCGUGGUCAUAUCAGCACGAACUGGACGAGACCACCGUGCCCGAGAUCCAGCGCACGAACCUCACGUCCGUGGUGCUACUGAUGAAAUCGCUCGGGAUCAACGACUUGCUGCACUUUGACUUUAUGGACCCACCGCCGGAGAAGUCGCUUAUCCGGGCGCUGGAGCAGCUGUACGCCCUGAGCGCACUGAACGACCGCGGCGAGCUAACCAAACUCGGGCGGCGGAUGGCGGAAUUCCCCCUCGACCCGAUGAUGUCCAAGGCCUUGCUGGCGUCGGAAACGUAUGGCGUCGUGGAGCAAGUCCUGACGGUGUGUGCGAUGCUGAGUGUGAACAACACCAUCUUUUACCGACCCAAGGACAAGGCCGUGCAUGCCGACAACGCUCGGCUCAACUUUGCGCGGGGCGGCGGUGGCGACCACAUUUCGCUCAUGAACGUGUACAAUCAGUGGGCAGAGACACAGUACUCGACGCAGUGGACGUACGAAAACUUUGUAGUCGCGCGAGCGCUCAAGACAGCGCGCGACGUCCGCGACCAGCUCGCCGCCCUCUGCGACCGCGUCGAGAUUGAAAAGUCGUCCAACGAGCAAAACACGGAAGGCGUGCGCAAGGCGCUGUGUGCCGGGUACUUUUACAACACGGCGAAACUGGAUUCGUCGGGUGCGUACAAGACCAUCAAGCAGACGCACACGGUGCACAUCCACCCGUCUUCCGUGCUGAUUAAGCUCGAAGAGAUGCCGCGGUGGGUCGUGUACCACGAGCUCGCGUUCACGUCGAAAGAAUACAUGCGCCAAGUGAUUCCCAUCAAGGGCGAGUGGCUUGUCGAGAUUGCGCCCCAUUAUUACAAAGCUAGGGAAGUCGAAGACUCCACCAACAAGAAAAUGCCCAAGUUGAUUGGCAGGGCGUCGUAAACAGCGAGGAGGCAAAAAUAUCACUAUGUAGUUUUGGGGAUUCGUGGUAUGGUAGUACUAGUAGUACAGUACUUACCAUUUUGCGGUUAAUUUCGAAAAAUAUCGGGUACUAUUAUAUUUCGUGGAAUCCCAUUUAACAUGGAGCUUG